UAACAUUUCCCUCACACGCUCUCUCUCACUACUCACUCACUCCCUCCCUCCCUCUCUCUCUCUCUCUCUCUCUCUCUCUCUCUCUCUCUCUCUCUCUUAUCGAUCGAGUAUCGAUACUUCCUACUCGAUCACCUGCUGAUUACUACCGCUAACUUACAGGAAAAUGAGAGAAAUCCUUCAUGUUCAGGGAGGCCAAUGCGGGAACCAGAUUGGUUCCAAAUUUUGGGAGGUUGUGUGCGAAGAACACGGCAUAGAUCCAACUGGACGAUAUGCUGGUACUUCCGAUUUGCAACUGGAGCGUGUCAAUGUGUACUACAAUGAGGCAUCAUGUGGCAGGUUUGUGCCUAGGGCGGUGCUUAUGGAUCUCGAGCCGGGAACCAUGGACAGUGUCCGCACUGGACCGUAUGGUCAGAUCUUCAGGCCUGAUAACUUUGUUUUCGGCCAGUCUGGUGCUGGAAACAAUUGGGCGAAAGGCCAUUACACGGAGGGAGCUGAGCUGAUUGACUCUGUUCUAGAUGUAGUGAGAAAGGAGGCUGAGAAUUGUGACUGCCUUCAAGGUUUCCAGGUGUGUCACUCACUUGGUGGAGGAACUGGUUCUGGUAUGGGUACUCUGCUGAUCUCCAAGAUCCGGGAAGAAUACCCUGAUAGGAUGAUGCUCACAUUUUCUGUGUUCCCUUCCCCCAAGGUCUCAGACACAGUUGUUGAGCCUUACAAUGCCACCCUCUCAGUGCAUCAACUUGUUGAGAAUGCCGAUGAAUGCAUGGUCCUUGACAAUGAAGCUUUAUAUGAUAUUUGCUUUAGGACUCUCAAACUUACCACUCCUAGCUUUGGUGAUCUAAACCACUUGAUUUCUGCAACAAUGAGUGGAGUUACUUGCUGUCUUCGAUUCCCUGGUCAACUCAACUCUGAUCUGCGAAAGCUUGCUGUUAACCUCAUUCCGUUCCCCAGGCUGCACUUUUUCAUGGUGGGGUUCGCUCCUCUGACAUCUCGUGGCUCUCAGCAAUACCGUGCUCUGACUGUUCCAGAGCUUACCCAACAAAUGUGGGAUUCAAAGAACAUGAUGUGUGCUGCUGACCCACGCCAUGGGCGUUACCUCACUGCGUCAGCCAUGUUCAGGGGCAAAAUGAGCACCAAGGAAGUGGACGAGCAGAUGAUUAAUGUCCAGAACAAGAACUCCUCCUACUUCGUGGAGUGGAUCCCCAACAAUGUGAAAUCCAGCGUGUGUGACAUCCCUCCAAGAGGUCUUUCGAUGGCAUCCACCUUCAUCGGGAACUCGACCUCCAUUCAAGAGAUGUUCAGAAGAGUGAGCGAGCAGUUCACAGCUAUGUUUAGGAGGAAGGCUUUCUUGCAUUGGUACACAGGUGAAGGAAUGGACGAGAUGGAGUUCACCGAGGCUGAGAGCAACAUGAACGACCUCGUCUCUGAGUACCAGCAGUACCAGGAUGCUACAGCUGACGAUGAAGAUGAGUACGACCAGGAUGAAGAAGAGGCCGAGGAGGACAUGUGAAGAGAAUAGAGCUGGUACCCACUCGACUCCCCCUACCGUGUGCUGCGUUUCCUAUGCUUCGUUACAUAUGUAUUUGGAAAUACUUAAUACUCCUUAAGUCGUUUUUCUGCUGUGAGAGAGUUCUGAAAACUGGCUGGAUUUCUUGACCCCAAUGCUUAGUAUUAGCCACGUAAAAACAGACUGGGAAGAGUUUGUUAUUACCAUUGUGGAGUUGAUAUCAGUAUGUUGUAUGUUUGAUUCCUGGAGCUGUUGUUAUAUUCUCUAUUGUGCAAGUAAUGGCGUGGUUUGUGAUCUA